AUGGAAAAACACGAUGAAAGUGAUGACCAACCGAAAAGAGGACUCAAAAAGCGAAGAGCGUUAAUUUUGUACAGCGCUUCGUCAACGCACAAACCGUGGUUCAGUUUUAGGAUCAUGUCAACAUUACUAUGGAUCCGUUUCCCCGAAAGACAUGGACUUGAGAAGGAAAAGUCGCUGAGCACCUACACACCUCGUCGUUCAGUCAUUUCUCAGGAACCACUGGAGGUCACUGGAAAGCGAGUAGUAGAAAGGAUCGAAUCUGGAGAUUACCAGACAAUACGAUAUCCAGUUUCUGCAGUUGGAGAACUAGUGGCCCUGUAG